AGCAAGUCUGAGCUGUGGAUUGCAAAAGAAGUUGAUACUGUUAUAGUAAUUUAAAAAAUAAACUGAGUGAAGAGGAAAAUUAAAUUUGGCAGCUCUUCCCAAACAGUCUGCUUUUAAAUCCUGGCACAAUUAGCUAGGAUCUAAAAGCAAAUAACACUGUUAAGUGAGGAAUGUACAGUAAAAUUCAUGGGGAUUAUUUAACAUCUUCAAGAUUUGUUAGACAAGUUUACAAAAUAAUAAUAACAUUAUAGACACACACACAAUCAGCAGGGGUGUGCUUUCACAUUUAAAAAUAAAACUCCUACAGCUUCAGGAACUUGUGACGUUUAUCACAAAAUCGAGAUCAUAACACCAUGGUUAGCCUUGGAGGUGAAGUUUAAAUUCGCCUUGUCUCUGUCCCACAAAGCCUUCUGCGCGUAUCUUAGCAACUGGAUGCUUUUCGCUAGACGGUAAAGGAAGCUGCCGUUUCGUUUGUCAGAGCCGCCCACUGGUCACAGUCGUCCGUCAGCACAGAGUGGAUCUGCCUAUGUCUGACACUGACGGAGUAGGGAGUACCUGCCCCUUCGGGGUAACUGAGGAUGGGGCAGGGGCAGCAAGCAAUGGGGCAGCAGAGGAUGAAGGGGGAAGAGAGACCUUUGCUGGCCCGGGUGAGGAUGGUGAGAUAGUGGCUGGGCGGCACAGGCUAGGUGACAUGCAGGAGCAGCAGGAGGCCUUGCCGGUCUACACAGCCACGCCCAGGACACUGUUUCCCCUUCAGGAGAGCAGGUCUCCCCACAAAACCCACCCUCUGACUCUGACGUGGGCUUUCGGCAUGAACAAGGCCCUGCCCGUUUUCAGCCUGCAGGACAAAGAGCGGCUGGUCACCUUCUAUGGCUGCGCCCAUGUGGCAGUGAUGUAUGAUCACACCUCCGCCUCCCAGCACCUUCUCCAGGGUCACUGCAGUCCAGUUUCCUGUCUGUGUGCCAGUGAAGACAGACGAUGGCUGGUGACAGCAGACAAGGGCCCGGACAGCUUGGUGAUAAUAUGGGACUCUUACUCGGGCAUUCCUGUGAGGACGCUGUUUGACAGCCAUCCUGAAGGUGGCAUUGCAGAGGUGGCUAUGUCAAGAGAUUCAAAGCUCCUGGUCACUGUUGGAGCCCGAGAGAUUCAGAGAGUUUGUAUCUGGGACUGGACAACCGAGACAGAAACCCCGCUCUGUGUUAAGGAAGUGGGUCCUGAAUACGGCCGUCAGCAACAUAUCCUCUUCCAUCCCACGGACAGCAAUCAACUCCUGAGUAACAGUGAGAGUCGGGUUUUAUUUCACACAAAGGAAGAGGGGCAUCUUGAGUUUUCGGCACCCAAAAUUUCGGAUAAGACCUUCAAAAAGGCGGUGGGCCCCUUCAGUCAGUCCAUCUUCCAUCCUGGGGGUGUGCAGGCCGUGACAGCCACACUGACGGGUAACGUGCUGGUGUGGGACACUCCCCACCGUGCGACCUCCCCGGGGUUGCCACCCAGGAAAGCCACCAAGCUCAUCCAGCUUGAGAUGCAUGGCAUCUCUGUGCUGACCCAGAUUGACAGUUUUAUUGUGACAGGCAAUGUCCAGGGCCAUGUCACCGUCUAUGAUGAGCACUUCAAGCAAGUUGAGCGGCUCAGCCAGUUUGGCCUGGGCCCUGUGGCGUCCAUCUCCUUCUCUAGGGAGGAGGACUGCUCAGGUGGGGGGCUUUCAGAACUCAGUUUGGAGUCCAAGCCAUUCAUACGGAGGUUUGUGCUGUCUACAGCCGACGCCAUAAUGUUGCACGUUGACCCGCAAGCCGGCCCGCCACACAUGCUGCUCAGGGGGCAUUCGGAGGCUCUACACGCUGUCGCCUGCCACCCGUGUCAGCCUGUCAUUGCCACCGGCAGCCGCUGCGGCCUCCUCAGGAUCUGGAACUACCAGCAGAAGGAGCUUCUCUACUGCAGGGUCGUCCAGGAGAAGAGGCAGAUACAGUGUCUGGCAUAUGAUGCUCAAGGUGUCUGUUUGGCCCUGGGCUUCACCUGUGGAGCGGUAGAAAUCCUGGACACCUCAGCUUCCCAGUAUGAUGAGAACCAUUUGUUAAAAUACAGCAGCCACUGCAUAAGCCAUGUGGCCUUCUCCUCGGACUCACAGUACCUGGCCACAGCGGACACAGGAAACACCGUGACGCUGAUCCGACUCCAUUCCGAGGAUGGACGGAAAGUAUGGCGAUACCUGGGCCGGCAUCGGUGCCACUACAAGCCCAUCCAGGACCUCCUGUUCGGGGUCCAGCUGGACAACAGCCAGCCCAGGCUGUUCUCCCUUGGGAUGGAUCGCAUGCUGGUGGAGUAUGACGUCCUGGGCAGCUGGGAGGAUGACCUACGGAUCUGCAGCGUCGAGCGCGUGGAGCAGGGCGCCGUGCCCACCUGCAUGGCCUGGUACCCACCGCUCACCUCAGAGCAUUUUCUGCUCACCGCCUCUGACCAUUUCAAGAUGAAGCUGUUCAACAGCACCACCAAAAUGUGCAGAAAGACACUUUUGGGUCCCACGUAUGGGUCUCCUGUUAAGAAGAUUGCCAGUCUGCCCGCGUCAGGAGGAGGAAACCAAAAGACCCACUAUCUGGUCUUCAUCAAUCAAGAUAAGGUGGGGCUUCAGAUUCUGCCCUUGGAUGGAAACCCCCACAAGUCCUUCGCCAUGCUCUGUCAUCCAACCGGCGCCUCCUCCUUCAGCUGCUCCUACGAUGGCAAAUAUAUCUUCACUGCAGGCGGAGUCGACUGCACCCUCCUCUCAUGGGAGACUAACCUAAAUGCCUUGGAGGCUGUGGCGUCUCUUGGAGGCCAGGGAAUUGAGCCUUUCUACGGGCUGUUGGAAGGAGGGAGAGAGGGGGAGUUCUACAAGGAAAUGGAGGAUUACUUCUAUCACUGUCAGCUGCGCAGUCAGGCCGUAGACACUAUGGAGCCCCGGCAGCUGUCCACAACAAUCCCUCUGGCAGAGGUGCCCUUCAUGAUGCGAGCUUUGGGCUUCUUUCCCACGGAGCAGGAGCUUGAGGACAUACACAAUGAAGUCAAGUUCAGCCGCUAUGCUGAGAUGGGGGAGUACGUGACGGAUGUGGACCUGGAGGAGUUCAUCAAGCUGUACGUCAACCACAGGCCAGCAUUUGAGGUUUACAUGCCUGAGAUGGAGCGCUUAUUCGAGCUCCUGGGCUGCCCGAAUGAAAAGGGAGAGCAGUACUUGAACAGGGAGGAACUUCUGGACCUUCUACAGGCAAGAGGGGAACACAUGACGGAAGAGGAACUGGCAGAGUCCUUCAUCACAUUACUGGGGUUAAAUGCAAGCGGAGGAUCUGACCUGGGAGAUGGUCAGGAUAUUGGUACAGAGGCCCUGGUGGAGCACACAGUCCCGGUCGAGAUCACAGAGGCCACGCUGAUAGGGGACAUCCUGGGCUUCAGCCACCCUCACAGUGAGCCUGUGUGCUCCAGAAGGGAGCAGCCGCUCACCGGGGCCCCGAUUUCACGGCCAGAGGUGUGAAUCGCUUGCCACCGGCUCGGCGGUGCCACCCCGCAGGGAUGUGAACUCGACUUCCGCAGGCCUGGCUGGAUUUGCCACAUUUGACACUGCGUUGACACCUCCAUGAUGAACUGUUCCGUACAACUGCCCUCCACUUUCAUCUUUUGCCUGUCAUCCUUUGUGCCUGUAUUAUUACAUUUUAUUUACACAUUUUAUUAUUUUUAAAAGUAUUUCCCCCCAAUAUUUUCAUUUUUCAUCCGAAGUACAUUUAGAAUAAUUCUACUUACUUACUUACUAAUGGGUUUUCUACCAACACAAAUAAAAUAAUUUAGUG